AUGUCUUCAGCAAGUUCAGAAAGUGUUCCAUCGUCCGAUAAUAAUAAUAAUAAUAAUAAUAGUAAUAAGGUACCUAGGCAAUCGAGGAACAGAAGGAAUAAUAGACGUCCCAAGAGUAAUAAGGGAGAUGAAAUAACUGAUAAAAACGAUGAAACAACUUCUGUGAAAAGAUCAAGUAAGAGGAACAAUAAAAAUAGAAAAGGAGGUUCAACAAGAAAAAGAAAUGAAAGUGUCAAUACAAAUGGGUCUGUGAAAGAAUAUGCCAAACCAGAAUAUAAAGAAAACUCUGCAUUAGUAAAACAAAGACAAGAACAAAUAGAUCAGUGUCUAUAUGCCUUGGGAAAGGACAAUUUUAAGUUAUUUCGAAAUGGGAAAUACGUUACCACAUACGCUGUAAAUUUUCGUAACAAUAGCAUGUCGUCUAUUUUCCCUAAGGAAAUGGGUAUAAAAUUUGCCAUUAAUAUUCCACAUGAUUAUCCACAACAGAGUUUGAAAUUGUCUAGUAAUAAGAGUAACAGUCAAGAAACUUCGGAUAACGAAGCUUUGAAUAAUUUAGUAAGGAAUUUCAAUAGUUCAGUACGUAACAAUGAUAAUAAUUCAUGUCCAAUCUUGGCACAGUUGAAUUAUUUGGUUCAGGAGGUUGAUAUUUUGAAAAACCCAACAUUUAAGAAAAUAGAGAACUCGAGGUCUGCAUUCUAUGCACAGUUUUCUCCAACUGAAUAA